GCACCCAUUCACCAGCUCCCGUACAGAUGUAGUAAGGCUCUACACGGAGAGUAAACACGAGCUAACCUUCCGUAAUGUGACCCAUAAAAACAGAAAAACACAACAUGGAGCUGCCAUUCUGCGUCUUAGAGAUUCUACUGUGUUUGACAUUCAUUUUUGCCUGUGACCCUGGUUGGUAUGGAGACGACUGCAAAUUACCCUGUCCGGAGAACUGCUUCGACAAAGUAUGUGACGUCGUAGAGGGCACGUGUAACAACUGUUCCCACGGAUAUACGGGCAGUUACUGCGAUCUUUCCUGCCCGAAAGGAACGUACGGAAGAGACUGCGCCUCAGUGUGUAAAGGAUAUUGUAAGAAUGGCUGCAAUUCUGUGACCGGAAAAUGCGACAACGGUUGUGAACCAGGCUGGUACACCGACGAAUGUCAUUCUGUGUGUCCCAAAGGAUCGUAUGGACAAGAUUGUAGGUCGAAAUGUGGGCGGUGCCGAGACAAGGUGGGGUGUCAUCACGUGACAGGGCAGUGUGUGAGUGGCUGUGAGCCCGGAUACACAGGACAGAACUGUAACAACGUUUGUCCAGACGGCCACUAUGGCUACAAGUGUGAGAAGUUCUGUGGAGAGGAUUCCGAGUGUAACCCGGUGACCGGCGAGUGCUGUGGCUGUACGGACCUCCGAGUGAUAGUAAAGGAGAAGGACGAGACUCUGGAUCACAAAGAAGAAAUAGUGAUCGGGCUCGCGGUUCCUCUAGGCAUCUCCCUCCUGAUCAACGUCAUCCUAUGUCUGACCACCUGUUAUUACUACAUCAUUUACAAAGAGGAGAGCACCAAGAAGAAGGACCAAUUCCUAAACGAACACUAGUUGUAUUACUUCAGUAGUCUUGACAUAUCUUAUACCUCACUUACAGAUAGUAGGAUAGCACCUCCCUCAGUUAUAUUUCCCGACAUCACUAAUCACCUCAUUCCCCAAUCAACCCUAACACCCGAUAUCACGUGCACUAAUCCCCCAUUCCCGAAUCAACCACUAACACCCAUAUCACUAAUCCCCCAUUACCCACACACCCGUUGAAAUAUAUCUAUAUUUUUGUACAUACUGUUAAAUCAUUUAGAUUAUAAAUGAUUUGUUCCCAACCCAUGCUCACAUUUUCUUUACCUCAUGAACUGUCAAUCAAGUUUGCAAGUGCAACUGGAUAGAAUUUUAACCCCAACCUAAAAUCUAAUCAAAUGAAACAAACGUAUGUUCUUCUUGUUUCCAUUGUAUUUGCUACGAACGAUGAAGUAUUUUGUUAAUUCUUCUCUCAGGUCGAUUAUACAUUGGUUGAA